AUGCUGGAUCUCUUUGAGGUCAUCACCACCUCGGGUGUCGUCCUUUGGUCAAAGUCUUACGCUCCUGUAAAACCUUCCAUCAUCAACAGCCUCAUAUCUGAUGUCUUCAUUGAAGAGCGAAACCAGCCCGGCAGCGAUGGCAAAUGGUUUAAGAAGGACUCGUAUACGUUAAAAUGGACCCUAGCGGCUGAUGUUGGCCUCGUUUUUGUCGCUGUUUACCAGAGCCUCAUUCACCUUACGUGGAUUGAUGAACUUUUGGACCAGGUUAAGAAGCUGUUCGUAGCAUUGUAUGGAGAAAAAAUCAAGGCUAGCACCGGUACAAAGAUCCAAUGCCAUUUCGAUCAAUAUUUCGAAGCAAGCCUUCGUUCCUUGGAACGUCAGGCAGGAGGGGCAGCAACAACUCGACCGACAAACGUUAGCACAGAUGACCCAAGUAGUGAUGGAAACGGAGGAGGGUUCUCAGAUGGUGACGAAUGGUCGUCGCCUCCUCCUAUGCCCGGUGUUAACAAUACUGGAAUCUCGGAUUUUCAGCACCGGACACCAUACUCCUCAGAAAAACCCAACCCUCUCAUCGAAGUCACACCGUCUGCAACGUCCGCACCAGUCUCCCCGGCAACUAUGGCACAAGCAUUACUUCAAGCUUCAGGACGGCGUCCUGGCCGCCCCCGCAGGAACCGAAAAUCCGCCGGGCCCAGCAGCGCAUCUUCUACUCAUGCAUCUUCAGGUGAAGAGAGGUCUCCAGCGAGGCUUAGCAAUAAACCAAAACGUGGCAAAGAAAUGCGGAUUUGGGGAGAAGAUGGAAUAGCGGCCGAAGCUAAUGAUGAACGGAAACUUGAUUACUCGGCCGGGAUCAGUACGGACGAUGAGCAGGACACCUUGCGGCCAAAACCCGAAGCUAUUGACCAAGAUACUUGGGGAACUAGAACCAACAAAGGCGAUUUCUUGCUUAAGGAUCUGGAUUAUGAGAUUGAUGGUAUCUUAAAACAGGCAAACAGCGCUGAGAACAACGAAGAAACUAAUAGGAAAGGCCCUGGAGGCAUUGCUAGUGGAUUGGUGGGAGGCGCUAUGGGGUACUUGAGAAAUUUCGUGGGAGGCAAGACCCUCACUAGAGAAGAUACUGAGAAGGCGAUUUCGGGUGUCAUGACACACCUGUUGGAGAAAAACGUUGCAAGAGAAGCUGCGGUUCAGAUUUGUGACAGCGUGCAGACGAGCCUAGUCGGUCAGAAGACAGGGAGCUUCCAGAGUAUUGAAAGUCUUGUCAAACUUGCUAUGGAAGACGCUUUGAGGAAAAUCUUGACCCCGACAACAUCCUUAGACCUGCUCAGAGAGAUCGGACAGGUCCGCGAGACCGAAGAGCGCCCUUAUGUCAUUUCGGUCGUCGGGGUGAAUGGAGUAGGAAAAUCAACAAACCUAUCCAAAAUAAGCUUUUUCCUGCUACAAAAUAAAUUGAAAGUUCUCAUUGCUGCAUGCGACACAUUUCGAUCUGGAGCAGUAGAGCAACUUCGUGUCCAUGCUCGAAAUCUAAAGGAAUUAUCGGAAAGAGAAGGAGGGGUUGUGGAGCUGUAUGAGAAAGGUUACGGAAAAGAUGCUGCUAAUAUUGCUAAAGAUGCGGUUUCUUACGCAGGGACAAAUGGCUUCGACGUUGUCCUGAUUGACACCGCCGGCCGCCGCCAUAAUGACCAACGUUUGAUGUCUUCACUAGAGAAAUUCGCGAAAUUUGCCAAUCCAGAUAAGAUCUUGAUGGUGGGGGAGGCCCUGGUUGGAUCGGAUAGCGUUCAGCAAGCCCGGAAUUUCAAUGCAGCAUUUGGGAAGGAAAGGAAGUUGGAUGGGUUUAUCAUUAGUAAAUGCGACACAGUCGGGGACAUGGUUGGGACACUGAUAAGCAUGGUUUUCGCGACUGGGAUUCCAGUGGUAUUUUUGGGAGUUGGCCAGAACUACACCGACCUUCGAACGUUGAACGUCAAGUGGGCGGUGGGAUUGUUGAUGAGCUAG